UUUGGAUAUCACACAGACAUACCCCUUCCCCAUAUAGACUCUGUUUUAAAUCUUAGAUUUGGAUAUCACAGAGAGAGAGAGAGAGAGGCGUUAUUUUGUUAAAAGAAAAAAAGAGAGGAAGACAGAGAAAUGAAAGAGGAAACCUGGAGGGGCUGCUCAACUUGAGAGAGGAGAUCCGAAGAGUGAUGGGGCAAAAGGGUUUUUCUUUUUGCCACGGUCAUGGAUUCUUGCACAGAGUUUGCGGUAAUCUUCCAUUGGUUAUGCAUGAAGAAUGUUUGGAGGGAAAUUUCAGUCUAUUGAAAGACUAAGGGAAGCCAAUUAGCUGAAAGAGACUGUUCAUCAUGUUGGACAGGGGACGUGUAAGAUGGGAUGAAGCUAAUCUUGUUGAAAAUGAGGCAAAUAAACCUGUAUGGAAAAAAUAUGUCUGAACCCAAGACACUUUCACUGAAUGAUUGAGGAAUAUGAUACACCAUCCGCUAUACUGGAUUCUGUUGCAAGCGUUGGUUAGGCUGGAUACUGCACCUUUAGAGGGAUGUGAGGAUGACGUUGAUGCCAUGGAACAAGAUGAAGUUUCGUCAGUACCAGGUGGUGGGGAGAGGUCUGCCUUCUGAAACCGAUGAGCAUCCAAAGAUUUAUUGGAUGAAACUUUGGGCUACAAAUGAGGUCCAUGCCAAGUCGAAGUUCUGAUGGCUCCCUCACCUCCUAAGAAGAAAACUCCUGCAAAGAAGGCUGACAAAAGAUUGAAAAUGGAUUCUAAACUAUUUAGGUCAGUUCAUCAUUUUGAGAGAUACAGGGAUAACUUCAUGAAAGCAGGAAUUAUUCAAGAACGAUUUGUAGAUUUGGAGGAUUUGAGACAAACCUUUAUCCCCAGCUGUUUUGAAGGAAGAGGAUGGGAAAAGCUUCUGAGUGAUUUCCCUGUAGUGUGUGAACCCCUGAUUAGGGAAUUUUACUCAAAUGCUGUGAUAAAGGAGAAUGAGUUAAGUUGCUGGGUUAGAGGUAAAAAAUUCAUUUUGGAUGCACAUGUCAUAGAUGAUGCAUUAGGGCUUGAAGGAUUAGAAGAUGAGGAAUUUAUCAACUACAAGGAUAGGAGUGUCUCUAUUGAAACAGUUCAACAAAGGAUAGGUGGGCAGAGAGAAGGAAAAUGUUUGAAUACCACUGCCUUUCCAGUGGACAUGAGGUGUCUAACAAUCAUCAUGAUGUUUAACCUCUAUCCCAUUAAGAAGUUGACUACAAUCAAUUGUGCUAGAGCAAUCUUUCUGAUGGAUCUCAAAGAAAAGAAUUUCAUAGACAUAAGUUCCCACAUAUAUGACACCAUUGUGGAUGAGACAAGAACAACCUCUAGGCCAAAAUUGAUCUUUCCCAGUUUGCUGAUGAGGAUCUUUAGAAGGAAGGGGGUUCCAAUCCCUCAAGACAUCAGUCCCAUGUCCACACCUUCUGCAAUUAACAAGCUUACCUGCAAAAGGAUAAGUGUUAGGCUUCCAGGAGAAGAAGAUGAAGGUGAUGAAGGAGAAGGUGUCCCAAUGGAGACUGAAGCAGAGGCAGCAGGGCAUGCAUCAACCUCAACACCCAGGAGGAGUGGCAAAAGACCCAGAGCAUCAACUUCUUCAGAUACACCUCUAGAUGCUUUCCAAAUCAUUCUAGAAAGACUUGAUGAGAUCAGAGAAGUCCAGACUGAGCACUCUGAGAGGAUGAGAGCCAUGCAGGAUCAAAUUGAUGUUCUGUCUGCAAAACUUGAUAGCUUCACCACUCAGCCUGAACACUGACCCUUUGGCCAUUCCUGUCAAAAAGGGGGAGAAGUUUCUGUCUGUUGAUAAUGUCAUUGAUGAUUGAGAAGCAGAAAAGCAGCUCUUAGGGGGGAGUAUUGUGUUGAGGGGGAGUUGUCAAAAUCAGAGACUUUGUUUAUAUAUGUUUAUGUUUUGGGUACUUUUAGUGUUUUUAUGGUUUUGAUACACUGUGUUUUGGUGUAUAGUUGUUUCUAACUCAUUACUUAUACUCUUGGUUUAAACUUUAAUAUAUUUUGAUGAUGUUAUUCAGGAUGUUUUUGUGUUUGUACCCAUGUGCUUUUGUAAGCUUUUAGGGUUAAUGUUUUAUGCAUAGUUUGU